UCGCGAGCAAAAUUCCAACGAACAUGAUUCUUUCAUACAAUCCAAGUCGAAUGCAUUGAGCACACGUUUGAUAUAAUACUAGAUCUAUUGUUGGCGUGAUCGAUCUCUCAAGCAGCCAUCAUGGCGGACAUCAAGGAAUCCCCACGGGUGAUCAUUGUAGGAGGCAGCAUCGCCGGACUCGCGCUCGCGAACAUGCUGGAGCAGACCUGCGUCGAUUACAUCGUGUUGGAAAAGUACCAGAUCGCCCCGCAACUAGGGGCCAGCAUCGCAUUACUCCCCAAUGGCCUGCGUAUUCUCGAUCAGAUCGGUUGUUUGGAGGCACUUCAGAAGGAGGUCGGAAGUUCCGAUGUCUUCUGCCAGAUGCAGACGCGCGGUCCGGAUGGCAAACUAUUCAUGGAGGGUUCGCAAUUCGGGCAAGCGGUCGAGAAGAGGUUGGGGUAUCUUCCGAUCGCUCUCGAGCGUCGAAUGCUAAUUCAAGUGCUUUACGACAACCUCAAACUCAAAGAGAAAGUCCUCACGAACAAAGGCGUCGUACAAAUCAAACAAAUUCCGGGUCGUGUUGAGGUAAUCACCAAGGAGGGCGAAGUCUUCGAGGGCGAUAUCCUGGUUGGCGCAGAUGGGUUUCACAGUACGGUGCGCAAGGUGAUGUGGCACCAGGGAAAGCAGGAUCAUCCGGCGAGCUUUGCUAUCGAAUCGCAAUCUGCUUCCAUCGAAUACUCUUGCAUAUUUGGCAUGUCGGAAAUGAAGGAAGGGUUUCCUCGCAAUACUUCCGUCAACGGGCAGGGCUAUGGAUAUGCCCAUCUCGUCAUGGACGGUCCCGAUGACACGGUCUUUUGGUUUCUUUUCGCCCAGGACACAGAAAAGAGGCGCGGUCUUUGGGAAUCGAUUCCUCGAUACACGGAUGCUGAGAAGGAUGCAUUGGCCGCCAAACACGCGGAUGACAAGGUGACGGACACCCUGACCUUUGGUGAUCUUUAUAGGACGCAAAAAAUGUCAACGUUGCAGGCGGUCCCUGAAGCGGUAUUCGAACAAUGGCACAAUGGACGUGUCAUCACCAUUGGAGACGCAGCUCACAAGUUCAAUCCCAUCGGUGGCCAAGGUGGUAGCAACGCAAUCGAGGACGCAGCAGUACUAACGACUCAUCUUGUGAAUGCUGUGAAGGCGUGUGACGACCGACGGCUGACAAGUGAAGACAUAGACGCGGUCUUCAAGAAGACUCAGGCCGAGCGUAUGGCGCGUGUCCAGCAUUUCAAGAAUUACUCGCACACGAUACAGGCGAUCAACGGGCGGGCCACAGCAUUGUGGACGUUUAUUGGCUCACGCAUCAUCCCAGCGCUUGGUAUGGAUCUCGCAGCUGAUAUGCUCUGCGAAGGACUUCGACCAGCCGCGCGGGUUGGACCAUUGCGAAUCAAAACUCCGAAAACCGCAGAUCCGUGGACUGACGAGCUGCCAUCGAAGCCCUGGACGUCGUUGGUGCCCUUGAACAUUCUCUCAAUCUUGAUUUCUGUGGGUCUCACGAUUGUUGCAUUCGAGAAGAUCGCCGGGUCCGCCGCACCGAGCCAGGAUAUGUUUGAUCCCACACUGCAGUUUCUCGGCUCGCCUUUGAAGCUUAUCUACACCGGCGUCGCGGCGAUCGACGAAGUGCUGCGAGUCAUAGUCAUCGCUUUCUCCGAUGCCGUCAGCUGGCAAGAUGAGGGCCAUUCCCUGCAGUUCUUGUAUCUGCUUAUCUACCUUGUACCCAUUCUUGUCGUUUGGUACGUGGAGAGUUCGCGCAAGCACAGUAGCUGGACACUUAUUGCUGGACCCUCGGUAUAUGCGCUGCUCAUGAACCUCGCUGGAAUUGGCGUCAUCGGACCGGUAUAUCUUAUCGCAAACGCUCUGCGAGAUAACACGGCAAUAUGCCUCAGCGCUGAUAAACGUGCCGUUCCAUUGGCGAAAGCUAAGUGGAUCCUGCCCUCGAUCCUCAUCGGAUACGGCUUGCCUACACUCUUAAUAUUCAGUACCAGCUUGGGUCCCG